AUGACGACAGCUUGGAACUUUGGAAUUAAUGUGGUAUUCAUCGUGGCAAUAGUGUCAGAAGUGUCGAGUCUGAAGUGCUUGCAGUGCCAUUCGCUGCACCAGUCUCUGUGCGAGGAGGGCCACAUGGCUCCCAAUGAAUGUCGUGAGGAUAUCAACUCCACACACUGCGUCAAAAUGGAAGCCAAACUGCACAUGGGAAAGUUUGUGAUGAGAUACUGCAGCAAAAACGAAACCCAGGUACAACAGUGUGGUCCUAAUACCAUUAACAAUGAACACGUCCGUGUGUGCAAGUAUUCCUGCCAAACAGACGGCUGUAACUCCGCCUUGGGACUUCACCAAAACUUUAAUCUCUUCGUCAUGCCUUUUACAGUUAAUAUACCAGUCUUUGUUCUCUUAUAUUGUAUUUUGUAAAAUAAUUUUUAAAUUUUUUUAAAAUUAAAGAAAGAAAGAAAGAAAA